AUGAGGCAAAACUGCGAUUCGGCGGUCGGCGUAGACAAUCCGGCGGCAAAGAUCCUGGUGGAGAUGAGUCGCUACCAGGACGACGAGGUUGGCGAUGGAACGACUUCCGUGACGGUGUUGGCUUCAGAGUUGCUGCGCGAGGCGGAAAAGUUGAUCGAGAAAAAGUUGCACCCGCAGACGAUUAUCGCCGGGUGGAGAGCGGCCACGCAGGCUGCACAUUCGGCGCUGAUUGGCGUGGCUCAGGACAAUUCGAAGGAUGCGGAAAAGUUCCGAGAGGAUUUGAUGAACAUUUCCAAGUUGGCAGUCGAUGCCGAGGAUUCGUUCCUGGAAGAGGGUUUCCUGCUGGACAAGAAGCAUCAAGAACGCAAAGAUCUUGAUCGCCAACACGCCGAUGGUCACGGACAAGAUCAAGGUGUUAGGAUCGAGCAUCAAGAUGAGGUCGCCAAAAAGAAGAAGAUGAAGGACAAGGUGACGACCCGGACGAUCAUCGACGAAGCGGAUCGUUCGCUGCAUGACGCCUUUCGCGUGCUGGCCGCGGAAACGUCCGGUAAGGAAUCGAUGGCUAUGGAAGCGUUCGGUCGCGCUCUGCUCUAG